UCGUCCGCAAAUGUCGUCUCUUAUUGUUGUUCGCAAAUGUUGUCCUUGUUUGUUCGCAAAUGUCGUCCUUUGCCUGAUGUCCGCAAAAGUCAAAUAAAGAGUUGCAAGAGUUGCAAAACCUUUUGAACCUUUUAAAUUCAUUUUAACAUCUUUUAAAUUUUUUAAAAAUAUUUUCAAGUAUUUUAUCCUCAUUAUUUUCCUUUUUUCUUUUAAUGGAUUGAAAAGCUUUUUAAUGUUUUUUUGACAAUUUCGCGCAACAAACAAAUGGAAUUUAUUUUUUUGUGUCAUUCAAUCAUUUUUUAAUACAAGGAGGCGUUCUUAUAUUGCCUGUAAUUGUAUGCAAUAGAGCGGAAUGAAAAUAAAAAUAUAUAAAUGGUUAAAUAAUAAGCUUGUUUAUUAAACAUUUUUAUUUUUAAAAGGAUUUUUAAUUUUGUAGAAAACCAAAUCCGAAAAAAAUUCUGUCCGCAAAUGUCGUAUCUCAGGUUGCGAUCGCAAAUGUUGUCCCUUAGUUUAUAUCCGCAAAUGUAAAAUUACAUCCACUAACAUUAGUGGACAUCCCAGAAAAUGUUAAGGAUGAACCUCUCUAUAAUAAUGUGGUUACAUUCAGUAUAAGAUACUUAAGGGGGUGUAUCUACAUAUAUGUGUUUUUAAAAGGUAACUUUUAAUUUCCCCCUUUUCUACAUAGAUGUCUAAUAACAACACAAAAAAUAACGAUAAACUAAAGAAUAUCCAAUUGCUAGUUUAUUGUUCAACCUUUGCAAGUAUUUUGUCAAUUUUGGCUUGUAUUUUUAUUUUUCCACAAAUUUAUUUUGAAACAACAAAUUUAUUGAAUGAAGUAAAAGGGGGAGUUGAAAUAUUUAAAGUUGAAACUGAUUCUGCUUGGAAUUUAUUAAUUGAUAUACAAAUACGUCAUAAACCUCAAUCUGUUAAUGUUAGAGAAGAAAAUCCUUUUGAAAGUAUUUUUCAAAGGGCAAAACGACAAAAUUAUGGAAAAUUGCCUGCUUGGUGUCAAUGUGAACCAACCAAACCAAAAUGCCCUCCUGGACCUCCAGGCCCUCCAGGCGAACCAGGACAGAACGGAGAACCAGGACAACCUGGCCCUGCAGGAAAGGACAAUACAAAGGCUUAUUCUCAAGUUUCAUGCCCCAAACCCAGCACAGCUUGCAUUAAAUGCCCUGCAGGCCCUCAAGGACCUCAGGGACCUGUUGGGCCGGAAGGUAAACCUGGCCAAGCUGGAAAGCCAGGAACUCCCGGAAGCAAGGCUCAAAAUGGAAAGGCUGGUCCUAGAGGACCACCUGGUGAUGCUGGUCAAGCUGGAAAGCCUGGAACCCCAGGAAAACCUGGACAGCCAGGAAAAGAAGGUACUAAAGGCAUCCCAGGCGCUCCUGGACCGAAAGGGCCUAAAGGCCCAGCUGGAUCAAAAGGACAGGCUGGCAAUAAAGGAGCUAAUGGAACACCGGGAACGCCUGGCCCUCAAGGCCCACCAGGAAAAGCAGGCAAGCCAGGCUCGAAUGGAACACCUGGCAAGGGAGGAGUUAAAGGCUCCCCAGGAAUUCCGGGCUCAGAUGCUGCUUAUUGUCCUUGCCCUAAACGUUCAUCAGUUUUUGUUAGUCGCUACACAAAUUAAAAGAAAAAGUUUGUAAAGAACAAAAUUAAAACUUUUUAAUUUUAAAUUCGAAAAUACACAGAAAUACAUUAUUUGACAAAAUAAAUGAAAAAAUACAACGAAAAUACAAAAAUAUAAAACUUGUUUUGGAUAAAAAAUACGAGGACGGAUGGAGAAUAAAGUUUUGUGUUUUGU